CCCCUCCAUAAGUAUGAGAAUCAUUAGAGGUAAAUUCACAAUUGAAAUUUCGGAUUUCAAAGUCCGCUAAAAACCAAAAUUAAAGGUUAAGUAGAAGUCCGCUCGCGUAACAAACUUUUUGGAGGUUCUAUAAAGUCCGCGAGUGUAACUAACUCUUUUAGUCUCUCCACGAAACUCCCAGAGACAGAGAGAGAUAGAGAGAGAUUCUCUUCGACGAAGGCGAUUCGUUAACCGACUUCAUCCUCCUCCACCGUCUUCCACUUCUCUCUCCGUCGCCGGCUCCAGAUUCUCUCUCCGACUGAUCGCAAUGACAAGUGAAGAAAAUAACGGCAAAAUGUCGGGUCCAUCGGAAACAAGAUCGCCUCCGGUUGAGAAAGAUGACGAGAUUCCUGAAGGAGAAGAGUCACUUGAAAAAAACGACUCGGGAGACGAAGCUGCUGCUGCUAGUGGUGCUGUGAAUCCUUUGUCUAGCGAUGCUGCUCUGAUCCUCCCAUCGUUACAGAAUCUCCUGCUCAACAACGACAUCCUGAGGGAGAGGCUAAGCGGAUUGAUUCAGCUCUAUCAUCCAACUGCUCAAGCCACAAAUGCAAACGUAAUUACCGAAAGCGAGCAGAUUGCAAGGGAGGCUGCUCUAUCUUCUCAGGUUCUUUUCUUGGAGCAGAGUGUGCAGAAGCUUGAAGAGGAGGUUGAGAUUCAGAAGAAACUAAACGCUCAGCUAGAAGAACAUAUCAAGAGCUUGACGACGAGCAGUGAUCCAUAAAGGCAAGGAUUGAUUUUGUGCUCCAUCUUGAAGGAAGCAUAUGCACCACCACUCUCUUCGCAUUACAUAUUUUUCUUCUCUCUCUUAGAAAACGUUAUGGACAGAUGAU